UUCUUGUUUUCUUAAAUCAAACAUCAAAAAUCUUCCUUUAUAAACUAAAUGAUGUACAAAUUUAAUAAUAUAUCUUGCAUUUGAUGUGACCAUCCUCUUCUUGAUUGAAUCAAAUCCUAGGACAAUUGAUAGAUAGCCUGAGCAUACCAUAUUUGUCAGCCCGUGAGCUCAGGGUGUUACACCUUUAUCCCUGUGCCAUUUAACUUUGCCCAACUCAACGACUUCAACUCAUUUACAGCAUCAUAUCACUUCACUUUCUUACUCACAUCGACCUUUCCUUACAUUGAUUCAUUGUUUGUUUUAUUUUGUCAUCACAAUGGGGCGGCAGGAACCUCUCCUAUCAUACAACACCACUCGUUCCUCGAAAACCAGGGGCGCAAAUAGAUCAGUCAAGGGAGGAUUACUAUCUCAGCUUCAUACAGGCUCACAUCAUGAAACUCCCUCUACACCGAAAUUGACACCUCGAAAGACUAUUAUAGCUAUUUUUCUCGCACUUCUAGGACUCAGUUUGUUGCACCGGCCAGUCAGUAAUCGUUACAAUGGCGUUCCUCGCUAUGGAAACGGAUUGCGAACGCCUGAGGAGCGAGCACGACAUAUUCUCAGCCAUACACCAUUGAUAGACGGGCACGUUGACUUUCCAAUCGUGCUACGUUUUGCAUACGGGAACCAGAUCUAUGAUGACAACUUCACUCAGCCUUUUGAGCAGGGCGAGCUUCCUGGACAUGUUGACUUGCACCGUCUUCGCCAGGGUCAGAGCGGUGGUGCAUUUUGGAGUCUUUUUGCUCCAUGUCCAUCAAAUGGUUCCGACUUCUCUGACAAGAACUAUGCUUCCAGCGUACAGUUCACAUUGGACCAGAUUGAUGUCAUGACGAGGCUGCAGGCGGCCUAUCCUAGCCAUUUUUCUGAAAAGGUCGACAGCUCCAACGCCUUCGAGGCCUUCAACCAGGGCAAGCUCAUCUCACCCUUUGGUAUCGAGGGCCUGCAUCAAAUCGGCAACAAGGUAUCUAACCUUCGUCGGUUCCAUGAGCUUGGUGUGCGCUAUGCUACAUUGACCCAUAACUGCCACAACAAAUUUGCCGAUGCUGCAAUCUUGUCAGACCCUGAUCGAAAGGCUGAGCCACUGUGGGGAGGCGUGAGUCCCCUGGGUCGCAAGCUUGUUCGCGAGAUGAACCGCAUCGGCAUGAUUGUUGAUCUUUCUCAUGUCAGUGAGGAUACUAUGUUGGAUGUGCUAGGCGGUAAGGAUGAAUGGACUGGCUCUGAAGCCCCCAUCAUCUUCUCUCACAGCUCCGCCUGGAGCGUCUGCCCUCAUCCCCGAAACGUUAAAGACAAUGUUUUACAACUGGUCAAGAAGCGAAACUCCCUAGUCAUGGUCAACAUUGCUCCUGACUUCAUCUCUUGUGUUGAUACCGGAAAGGAAAAUGGCCUUCCUGAGUUUUACCCCCAGAACUCGACUCUUGCACACGCAGCUCAGCACAUCAUCUAUAUCGGUAACCUUAUCGGGUACGAUCAUGUUGGUAUCGGUACCGACUUUGACGGUAUUCCAUCUGUUCCUGAGGGCCUUGAAGAUGUCACCAAAUAUCCUGACCUGAUCGCCGAACUCCUUCGACAGGGUGUCAGCAAUGUUGAUGCAGCCAAGGUUGUUGGAGGUAAUCUGCUGCGUGUGUGGAAAGAUGUCGACACUGUUGCUGGUAAGUUGCAGGCCAAGGGACAGCUGCCGCUGGAGGAUGAUUUGCCAAAGAUGAAAUUUGACGAAGCUCAGGAGGCUUCUUUGGGGAAUGCGUAAAGUUGAUAGUACCGCGCUUGAACACGGCGAUCUAGAAUUCAUUUCCAUUUGAUCGUACAUUGUAUAUACAAGUCUUGUACAACAAGGAGAUAGCCUGGCUUGCUUUUUCU